AUGCUUUCCAAUACCUUUUGCAGUUUCUCUCCCAGUUCAACAGUUACAGACUCGUUUGCUGGAGUCGCAUCUACAAUUUCAGGUGCGCUUUUACUCGCUUUAGGCGCUUCGUCGACCUUCCGCAUCAGCAGCGUUGCUCGCUGUGCACGCGAACUUGGAGUACAAGCCAAACCAGUCCUCCCGGAGUGCCGGCGGCUCGUUGAUCGCCCCCACAGUGGCGAGAGCGUUUCACGACACAGUGCCGCUGGCACAAAGGCAAGCUCAUCUCCCGCAAGAAAAGUCAUUUGUGGCUGUACUCUGCGUCGCGAACGUUCUCUCUCGGGCUCUUUGUACAGGCGUGACACCCGCACGUUCUGUCGACGCCGCAAAUACGCGCCAUACAUUGUCAUACACUUCAUGCGAUCGACAUGGACAAGGCGUCCGUGGCACUCCAUUGGUGCAGGUAUGUCUGUAAAUGUACACAACUAG